AUGCGUGGAAGAGUUCAACAUCCACAAUGGCUCUUUAGUGGUUUUCGAGAAGCUGUUAAUGACUGUGGCUUAAUUGAUAUGCCUAUGCAAGGACACACAUAUACUUGGUCUAGAAGAAUGGGAUCGAAUCAUGUUGUUGAAGAGAGACUUGAUCGGGCUUUGGUUAAUAAUUCCUGGAUGACUAUGUUCCCUCAGUGCUUACUUAAAAAUUUAGUAACGGGUGCAUCUGACCAUUCCCCUAUCCUCCUUUGCACUGAACAAAAAUUCUAUGAUUUCAAAAAGAGACAAUUUCGCUUUGAGAAUAGUUGGCUUGUUGAACCUGAGUUGGAUUCGGUGGUUCAUGACGGCUGGUUUCAUGAUGUGAAUGAACCAAUGAUCACACGACUCCAGCAUUGUACAGAGGAGUUGGACCAGUGGGGACGCUCACUUCGUAAGAGGUACAAAGAGGACAUUCAAAAGUGCAAGGACAUAAUUGAAGAAUUACAAGGGUUGGGUGAUGUGGAGACCGAUGGUGAGAUAGUUCUUUUGAAGGAAAAGUUGAAUCUUUUGCUUAUACAAGAGGAUACUUUUUGGAAACAGCGAGCUAAGAUUUUUUGGAUGAAGGAUGGUGAUAUGAAUGCUAAGUUUUUUCAUGCAGCUGCCACUUCACGAAAACAAAAGAAUAAAAUUACAAAGUUAUUUAAUGAUGAAGAUGUGGAAAUUAGUUCAUAG